GCGCCCCUAAACCCACUGAUUGAUAACUCUACCUCCCUGGAACUCAAACUUUAACACUGUUGCAUGACGUAUUGAUGCUGGACUUGCUGUGACAGACAACAUCAAAAGAUGGAUGUUAUCAUGGCUCCUCUCCAUCAGUGGGAAGUACAGAUCAUACAAGAAUUACAGACCAAAUUCAAGAAUUCAAGUGAGCUGAUGUUGUUCCUCACCAAGCUUGGAGACCCUCGCUUUGCUUUCCUCAUUUAUUUUCCACUUGUAUAUUUCCUGAACAAGCGAAUAGGGAUUCAGGUCAUAUGGAUUGCUGCAGUCUCAGAAUGGCUCAACGCAAUAUUGAAAUGGGUUUUGUACGGCCAUCGUCCUUACUGGUGGGUCCACGAAUCUGGCCUGUACCAGGAUGUUCCCCAGCUUCAGCAGUACAGAUUGACCUGUGAGACAGGUCCAGGGAGCCCAUCGGGUCAUGCUAUGGUGACAGCUGCUGUGUGGUAUGCCAUCAUUAAGGCUUUCAAUGCGUCUACAGUAAACCAUAGGAUAUUCUGGUCCUGUCUUUCCUGGUUGUUCUUUAUUCUGCUGAUGUUAUCCGUGAUGGUCUCCCGUUGUUUCAUCGCUACUCACUUCCCUCAUCAAGUGCUGCUAGGAACUGUGACAGGUCUCCUAGUCAGUGAACUCUUCAGUCAGCACUUCAACCUCGGCCCGAAUCUCAAAACAUACAUCAUCAGCAGCAUCCUGCUUCUCACCAGUGCUCUCAUCCUUCAUGGGGUCCUGGAUGCAUUGGUCGGCAACACAAUGUGGAGUUUAAAGUCAGCAACGAAGUGGUGUGGUAAGAAGGCAUGGAUACACCUGGACACAACACCCUACUUUGCCUUUACAAGGGACUCGGCUUCUAUCUUUGGUGUGGGCCUGGCUCAACAACUCACAAAGAACCAAAAAGAAAUAAAAAGAUCAUGCCGGAGAAAAACGGGCGAAGUUCUAAUCGCUGUUGGUUUUGCCAUAGUUACAGAGUCAAUGCAUAUACCUCAACAACCAAUCUCUGUGUUCUACUUCCUCUCGUGCAUCAAGUGGACUCUGGUGCCUUGUUUAGUUUUGUGCGUUGUGCCGAGGAUAGGACAGAUAUUGGACAUAUCGUCAUAUCAGAAACCAGAUGAGAAAAUGAGUUAGAUUUUCUAGUCCCUUGUGUUAGUGUUUGUUCUAUGCAUGCAUUUAGACUCUAGAGAAUCAAGUUUUCAUCGGGCUGUUGUUGUUUUCAUUGUCUGGCCCUUUUACUGAGGACAGCACCCUAUUGGAUCAAAGAAGACAAUUUGAGAAUCCAGUUGGGUUGAAGACAUUGUCAUAAUUUAUUGAAGGCGGUAUGAUUUGUCAAUACAUUUAUAAAGGUGAACUGAGUGCCUGGUAAAAUAGAAUACAAUAUACAUAAACAUAUUGACCUGUGUAUCUUGUUCUGUUCGUCUUUAGAACAACUCUUCCAGAAUUUAUCUCCUUGUAAGUCCUUACACUUGUUACAUAU